CGAGCUUUAUUUAGCAUAGCAACGCAGAGAAAAUGGCGUUGAACUGAAACGCCAUCAAUCAUCUCUAGUUAGGCCUUCUCCUUGCGGGGCUGAUUGUAUAUUCUAAAUGUGAUCUGUGAUACAAUAAAAUCAAAAUGCCCAAGAAAGGAAAAAAGGGGAAGGGGAAAAAGGGAAAAAAGGGGAAGAAGGGAGGAAAGAAAGGAGGAAAGAAGGAAUCUGUUGUAGCCCUUGCAACAGCCAAUGCUAAAGUAUGGGAAGCUAAACUGGAUAUUGCCGAGAAGUCUAAACAAGAUUUCAGAGAAAAUGCCAAGAAGCUUAUGCUUGAAAAUGAUGCUCUACAAACUCAGAUGUUCCAAACGGAACGGGACACAAUCGAUGUCAUUACCUUCCUCAAGAAACAAGACCAGGAUAAAGAUUCACAGAUUGAGAGACAACAACAACAGAUGAGAGAUCUCAAAAAGGAUCAUCGCAAAGAGAAAGAUGGCAUUGUGGAAGACUUCAGCAAACAGAUCAAUGACCUGGAGGAGAAACUAGGAGAGAAGAUGCGGGAAGUUGAUCUCAUGCACAGCGAGCUCAAGCUGGUGAAGGAAUUCCGCCGGAAGAGAGGACAGAUGCAGAAGGAGCUGGAGGACAUCAAAGAGGCGAUGCACACGGCAAACAGAGAUCACAAAUCCACCCUAGGGAGAAUGGAGCAGAAAUUCUUUGAAGAAAAGAUGCGACUGCAACAAGAGGCCAACCAGAAAAUAGCAGAGCUUGCCGAGAAAGCCCAUACAGAAGCCAUUUCAAACCUGGACGAGACCACAAAAUCUGUGUACAAAGAAAACGUACGCUUGACAGAAGCAUUGAACUACCACAUGAAGGAAGGCGACUUGUUGAAAAAGGAGAGAGACAGACUUCAGGAGGAAAAUGAUAACCUGAAGCAGGAGAAAGAAGUAACUGACAUGAUGGUGCAGGACAAAGUGGUGCAGGUCAAACAGCAGAAAGAAACCAUCAAGGAGCUGAGUGAUAAAAUAAAAACUCUGGAGAAGUCUCUGAGUCAUGUGGUUCGAGAAUUUGAAACGGAACAGAAGUCUAUCGUCCAGCGAUCAGAGACAGAAAACCAAGCUGGGAAAGUUGAACUUGUCAAACUACAGAGGGUCAUCGAGCUCAAAACGAGAGAGAUGAACAAAGUGAAGCGACUGGCUAAGAACAUUCUUGACGAGAGGACUGAGCUGGAGAGAUUCUUUCUCAUGAGUUUGGAGCAGGUCAAAGCUGAAGUGGCUGCCAAUCAAGCUCAGUACAGGAAAGAUGCCCACGCUGCCUACAGGCAGAAGAUGUUGGAGGCUCAUACCGGGAAAGGAGAUUUCCCAAAGAUUCGAACCUUUAACCAGAUGGAGCACAGUACUAAUAGUGUAUUCCGCGAUGUGGAAGCUGCUGAGAUGCUGAAGAAACUGAUGGCAAAGUAUGAUGUCAGUGGCAAGGUGGACAUCAGCGACCUGACCUGGGAACAGAAGGAGCGAGUGUUGCGCUACCUCUUUGCCAAGAUGAACGGCAACAAGACGUCCCAGCGGUACGCCCCGCUGCCUGGUAUAGGUCAAGGAGAGGCUCCUCUGAGUAUCACACAAGGGGAACAAAGUGGGGCCGAGGAGGGAAGGAACAGCACCUUCCUCACGCAGGCUCACAUGGACAUGGUUAACCAGUUCCAGAAGCAUGGAUUACUUCCCCCUGAACCGCCUGCCCAGGCACAAGCUUCUUAAAUAUAUGGAUUAAAAAUCUUUUUUUUUGUAUGGACUCACCUUGCCAUUGAAUUUAAGUUAAGAAAUUAAGACAGAUUCAUCUUAUGAUAGAAGGAAGAAAUGGAAUUUCACAAGGUUUUUUUUUGUAGCAUGAUGCUUACAAUUUUCCUUUAUUUCAGGGAAAUAAAAUCUAAGAAGUUUUUUCCCCAUUUAUUAGGAAAGUGCCACAUUUUACAUCGUUUAUGGCUUUAUAGAAGUCUGAUGUGUCUCUGCUGGUCUUUGGAUUAUCUGUAACAGCAUUGAAUUAGAAUGGAAUUUAUAUUUGUGUUAUGCUCUUUAUAUUACUCAUAUUAUAAAUGCUGAAUUCUGUUGCUAUGCAUCAAUAUAAUGGCUGCUGCCGGUAGUAAUGGACCAUGGUCCCAAGUGAAAGAUAGAAUUCAAGGAGUAUUGUCUCAAGCUUCAACAGCAUUGCAGGAUUUUUAUCCAGGGCAUCCUGUCAUGGAUGUUUUUUCCUUCUGCUAUCUGAAUAGUGAUUUUUUUAAAGAUAUGUGCUGGUGUUGUGGAUAAGACAUGUUUUUUUUAACUGCUCAAUUAAAAAUUUUCAGAAAACCAUUUUUUUCUGUGAUGUGCUAAGUUUGUGUCUACUUUGAGAAAAGCAUUAAAACCAAGCAUUAAUUGAAACUUGUUUGAUAUUAUUACCUUUACACUGACCAAAAAGCAUUCCUCUCCUAUCUGGAAAGUUUCAUGACAUGACAAAUUCUCAGCUUGUUUUUACUUUUGCACGGACUUAAUCCCUUUUUUUGUCAUUGAAGACUUUGGGGAUUCAAAAACGUUUUAAAAAUGAGACUUAGUAUGUUAGAAAUCAGCAUUGGAGUGGUUGUAUUGACCAGGCAAAUAUUUUUUCUUGAUGUAAAUACAUAAUAGAAUACCAUAGCCUCCUGCUGGUGAUGGUAUGAUGUUAGAGUUCGAGCUAUCGUUGUUCUUUAACAUGGCUUCUCUCUUUCUUGUGAUUGUUUGUUUGCUUUCCACACCGCCCAAAAUGAAGCUGCUGUGAAACUCUGUGAUGACUUCUAUACUUAUGAUCUUUCAAUGUUUAUUCAAAUGAUUUUAUAUAUUUGUCAAUUUUGAAAUCCUAUCUUAUAAGUGAAAUUUAGUGAAAGUCUUGGAGUUAACCUUUUUUUUCAGCUUGCAAAUGUAAUAUCAUAAUGCAAUUACUUUUACGUGCCACACAUGCACUUAUUUCAAAUUCUUUUUUUUUACAUUUAUAGUGUCUCUCCUUUCUAUCUGCGUGUGAAGACAUUUGGAGUGAGGAGGUGUCCAGAAAUAUUUUCAAGAAAUGAUAGUUACGGAAGCUCAAAACUAAUCUAUGUGCUCAAGAGAAGUUAAACUCAUACCUAUUAGCGAAGUGCUGCACUCUGAACACUUCUGUUGAUUGUCAAUGUUUGUUUAGGCCAAUGUGGCUGUAUGUACAAUAAUAAAUUUGACAAGAGAAAAUACUUGAAAA